AUGGGCGUUACGACUGUGCGUGAAUUAUCUGAAACUACUACUGAGAAAUUUUCUGCUAUUGAAGACAAAUUGUCUAAAUUAGACCAUCGUCUGGAGGAAAAUUUUGUUCAUAUCAAAGAGAAGUUCGAAACUAACGAUCUUCUAAUUGCCCAGCUCGACUUUCCUCACUUUGAUGGUGAAAAUCCAAGAGGAUGGAUUCAAAAAUGUGAGCGUUACUUUCAGAUCCAUAAAACUGAUGAUGGACAACGAGUAAGUAUAGAUUCUCUUCAUUUUGAUGGUCGAGCUGAUCAAUGGUUCCUAAAUUUUCAGAUCGGUAAAUUUACUAUUACUUGGAAUGACUUAUGUGUUGGUAUCUGUACUCGUUUUGAAAACCCUUUUAAUGAUAAUUAUGUUGGAGCUUUCAACAAACUGAUGCAGAUUAAUUCUGUUGAAGAAUACUUUGAACAAUUUGAAACUCUCAAGGCUUUUAUGCUAACCAAGAACCAAUAUCUUAUAAAGGAUUAUUUUAUACUGAGUUUCAUUAGUGGUCUGAAGGAGGAAAUCCGUGGUUCUGUUUUAAUGUUUCAUCCUCAAUCUCUCAUGGAGGCUUUUUCAUUAGCUCGUCUAGAGGAACAGAAGUGCUCCCUUUAUGGAAAAACCACUAAGCCAUUUUCAAAACCCAUCACCAGUUCUUUUUCUACAAAUAGAGCUUUCUCUCAUAGUCAAUUUCCUCCAAAACCCAUUAUCACCACUCCCAUUACACCUAAGUCCCCACCAUCCACUUUCAAACCUUUUCCUACUUCUCAUACCUGCAAUACUUCCACAAAUUCUUCCACUAUACCUCCUAUUAGAAGAUUAACUCAAGAGCAAAUGCAAGCUAGAAGGGCUAAAGACUUGUGUUACAAUUGUGAUGAACCUUACAAACAAGGUUAUUGGUGUAAGAGACAACAAUUAUUCAUGCUUAGUGUUGAAGCUUCUGAUAUGGAGAGUGCACCAGUAGAGGAAGAAGUUUUUGAAGAGGCAGUUGACACACCAGUAGAAUCUGAUAUUGAAAUCUCCUUACAUGCUCUCACUGGUACCAUCUCUAGUGACACAAUUCGAAUUCCAGGAAUUAUUAAGAAGCAGAAAAUUUAUAUACUAAUUGAUACUGGGAGUACACAUAGCUUCAUUGACUUUGCUUUAGCCACCAAGUUGCAUUGUGACAUCCAUUCUACUGCACACUUGUUGGUCACUGUGGCUAAUGGAGAAAGGACUGUCAGUUAUGGAGUUUUUCCUCAACUACAAUGGUUUAUGCAAGAUUACCAAUUCAGUGGAGAUUUGAGACUACUUCCCUUGGGUGGUUGUGAUAUAGUUUUGGGAGCAGAAUGGCUGAGAAGAUUAGGUAAUGUAAUGUUCAACUUUUCCAAAAUCAGCAUUUCUUUCAAACAUCAAGUCACUCCUACCACUAUCUCCCAACCAAUUUCUCAGGCCAUAUCUCAGUUAUUACAUUCUUAUGAGGAUGUAUUUCAAGAACCCACUGACUUACCACCUACCAGAAAAUUGGACCACACCAUUCCACUCAAGCCAAAUUCAAUUCCUCCAAGCCAGAGAGACUAUAAAUGUCCCUACAUCCAAAAAUUUAUGGUUGAACAAUUGGUAAAGGAAAUGCUUGCUACUGCAUUCAGAACCCAUCAUGGACACUAUGAAUUCAAGGUUAUGCCAUUUGGGCUCACUAAUGCCCCUGCCACUUUUCAAGCCUUGAUGAAUGAAAUCUUUCAACCUUAUCUUAGGAAAUUCAUUUUGGUGUUUUUUGAUGAUAUAUUGACUGAACUUGAAUAUCUUGGCUAUAUUAUCACUGUUCAAGGGGUAGUUGUUGAUCCAGCUAAGGUUGUUAGCAUGACCACAUGGCCUCAACCAAGCACAUCGAAGGAGUUGAGAGGCUUCUUGGGACUCACAGGGUAUUACAGGAAGUUUGUGCAGCAUUAUGGUUCCAUAAGCAAACCUCUAACAGAUUUGCUCAAAAAGAAUUCCUUCUCAUGGUCUCCAGCAGCCACUCAGGCCUUCAUUAAUCUCAAAGAUGCAAUGGUCAGUGCUCCUGUCUUGGCCUUGUCAAAUUUUUCCAAGCAAUUUGUACUGGAAACUGAUGCCAGUGGAGUUGGUAUUGGUGUUGUGUUGAUGCAAGAGGGCAGAGCCAUCUGUUUUUUCAGUAAACCACUUGGUCCUAAGGCAUUGGCCUUAUCUACUUAUGAAAAAGAAUUACUAGCCAUAGUCUAG